AUGUCUGUGCAGAUUCAUUUCUUAUCUGAUGCUGCCAAAGGGAACCAUGGCCCUUACUUCCUCUUCCAAGGCCAUGGCCUGGACAAGAUUCACAGUAAAAGGGAAAAAACCUUUGAUAAAGAUGAAGGGUUUUGGUCCAGCCUCUACACCCUUCUGAAGUUGGACAAGCUGGAGUUUCUAAAGAGAAAUCAUUUGCUGGCUGGACUCAGUGUCCCAGCCCAGGGUCAGAAUGAGAUGUUCAGGAAAGGUGUUUCUAGGAGGCAUGCAGCUUUGGAAAUUUCCAAGUCUGGACUUGAAGAUUUGAGAUAA